AUGAUGUAUUAUUUUAAAUUACAACAAGAAUUAUGGAAAGAUUAUUUCGAUUUGACUAUGACUGAGGGUAUUUGGGCUCCACGAGUACUGAAAUCGGAAGCAAAACAACAUUAUACUUGUGUAUCCUAUGGUCGAUCUGAGAAACUUGUUGAACAACGUCAAAAAACUAUUCAACAUCAAAUAAAUCGAACAAAUCGUGAACUACAACAACAAUUGAUUUAUCUACUAGAAUGGACUGAAAAUGUUCAGCCAUCCAUCGAUUCAAAAUUUCUCUCAACAACUGUUGAAGCAAUGGUUAAACUUGGUCAAUAUCGUUUAAAUAUGGAAUUCAAACAUAAAUGUGCAAUGUUAAAAUUGGAUGCUGAUGAUCAUCGUUUCAUUUCAGCCGUAUAUGCAUUGGAACCGACAGAAGAACAGAUUGUACUGAUCAAAAUGUAUUGGCAAGCUAUAGCUAAUGAACAGAAAGCACUGGAAGAAGUGGAAAUUCUUCGAAAACGAGUGUCAUUAAGACGACUUCCUCAAUCAUUUGAUAAAAUUCUUAAUGAAUCUAUUGCUCCUAUUCAAACAAUGCUUUCACGUGCUAUUCUACAUAAAGAUCGACGUGCUAGUAUGGCAUCACGUUGCUCUAAAACAAUUACACAAUAUAAAUUUGAUUUGAUGGCUAUGACGAUUGCUAUAGCUCAAGAUACAGCUCGUGGUUAUGCUUAA